CAAGAAAUUUUAUCUGAUGAACUUGCUAAGUCGGGUUGGAGAUGGUCAUCUGGGUAAAAUCUGAGAUGUUUUGGUAUGCAGGAGAAGUGAGCAGCAACAAAGGAAAGAACUGAACCCACCUCUUCAUUCUGGAUUCAAUGCAGCUAAUGGUCUCCAAGUUUAAUGUCUUUGCUUUCUGGUGACCGAAUUAAGCCUCGAUCCUGCCAAUGAUGAUAAACCUCCCCUGGAAGAAAGGAAGCAGUAAGAUUUCGCCUUGGUCUCAGCACUGUCGUGGAAACGAGCACCAGAGUGGAGUCUGCAGACUAGACAGGAGCUGGAAAGAAGGUUAAACAUAAGGAAAAAGGCCACCAGAAAAACAGACAUGUUGUAACCAGAAGAAAUGGAUGAUGGGCUGCAGCCUGGCCUAGAAUUUAUGGAAGCUGAAGUUGGCAUUAUUGAGGCAAAUAACCACUCCAUAACAACUGAUGACUUUGUGUCGUGUGUGGCUGAUCUCAUCCAGCCCCUUGGACACUCACGUUGUGGUGCUUGUGGGUGAAACGAGCCAGAGGUUACAUGGCAGACAUAAGCACUGGCCUGAGCUGCUGCUUUCCUAACGUGCAGGAAGGAGAUUUUGGUGUUAAAUACAGCUCUGCCUGUGCCCUGGGAGAAGAGGCCUGCGUAUCAAGGGAGACAUCAGAGAGCUUUGGCACCAACUCUGGCAGUGUUCAGUCACUUCCUACAGUUCCAUUCAGCUCAGGUUUUACAGUGCCCUGCGCUAGAGCUAACUUUUAGUCCAAAGAGUGCAGGAACUGCAAACUCCAGGUCUAGCAACAAGAUAGUCACAUUAGUACAAAAGCAUUUUAAAGUUUAUUAGAGCAUUGCCUUUCGGCACAGUUAAUGAACUGAGGGGAUGCAGUAUGCCAAGGCAGGUAAACUCAUCCAGCAUUUGGGUCUUCCAUGCUGCUGGCUGUAGGCACGGGAGAGAAAAACUCACCCUGAAAUUUUUGCAGGUUAUGGGCAAAGUAUUUAAAGGUUUCUGGGAAGAGGGAUCCCAACAGUGGGUAACAUGGGCAGACAGCCUGCUGCUAAACUGAAGCUUCUUUGUUUUACAUCAGGAGCAGACUUUGUGCAUGAUGGCGCAUGAUACCCUCUUAUGAUGGUACAGGCUGUGCUGAGCAGCAACUCAAUAAAUAUCAGCCAAUUCCCUCUCUUCAGAGGAGUGCUUUCAGCCUGCAUCUGCCUUCUGCGCCCUGCUAGGACUGAGGAUAAACAGCAUAGCUGGAGUCAAUUCUGCUCUCCUUUGGGACUAACCAGAGUCAGGCAGUGCAGUCACCGCCAAACAUCCCCAUAACCAAGUGUUUCAUGGGUUCGUCCAUUAGCACAUAGUAGCCUCAACACUGCCAGAAAGUCCUCUCUGAGGAGACACCAUUAUUCCUAUUGUUUUAAUGAAUCAUCUUCCCUUGGGUACCCAGAUACUCCUGAGUACCAAGGCCUGGCUUUGGACUAAGUGCAAAUGGAGAAGUAAAGUACUAGUGGUAUCCAUGUAUCUAAGGUAGUCAUGUUCUCAACCUCCUGUCUUUUCUUCCUGCACGUGUGUGAGCUGUCCUUACAUAUAAAUGUGCUGGGACAUGCUAACUCAUUUUGUAUUUCAGUAGUCAUGUGCCCCACAGACCUUUUCUUUCAGCCUCACCAAAGGCACAUAUCCACAUGCCUCUAGACUAGAAUAGGACAGCUUUAUCUGCCUGUGUAGUUCCCUAGCGAAUUUACAUUCUUGUUUCCUUGGAGCUCCAGUUUCUGCAUUUGUUGAGAUUAUGUGAACAUUUUGUGCUUAAAAUUCUUGUCCCUUAUUUUCCCUAGGUUGAUUUAAAUAGGAAAAUGAAAAGAGGAGCUGACAAAGCUCACCACACUUCUCAGAACUGAUUCUCUGACCCUUUUUACUGUCUGUGCCCCUCUGAAAUCUCCCCCACCUUUCAUCUGCACCAUUCCACCUUUUGCAAUAGGGGAAAGCCCCUGGAGCUUUUUCCGUCCUUUUAAAAGAAUCCACCUCUGCAGCCAGACACCGAGCUUCAUUUCUGGUAAGGUUUUCAAUCCCACUCAGCCCUUUGUCUCAGCUUAUACGUCAGCCUCUUCCUCUUGGGUGGGCAGAAGGGGGACGGUUGCUGCUGCUGUGCUGGCUGCUGACUGGGUCACCGAGUGCUGCUGGGCUGGCUGGGCUAGGCUAUAAAACACAGCAGAGCUGGAGCAGCUGGCUCAGAGAGCAGACUGAAUCCUGCAGCCGGCCAAGGACCUGCACGCAGCCUCUGCCGCCUCCUGCGUUGUUAUUUUUUCCUGGAAUACAGAACCAGCCUUGGGAGCAAGAUGUGCAAGGGACUCGCUGCACUGCCAGCCACUUGCUUAAAAAGUGCCAAAGACAUGAAGCAUCGCCUAGGUGUCUUGCUGCAGAAGUCAGACUCCUGUGACUACAGCUCUUCCCAGGGCAAGAAGGAGAAAAUAUCUCCGAGCCAGAGGAUUAGCCAAGAGGAAGUCAAAAAGUGGGCAGAGUCUUUGGAAAACUUGAUCCAUCAUGACAGAGGACUGGCUGCCUUCCGUGCUUUUCUCAAAUCUGAGUACAGUGAGGAAAACAUCGAUUUCUGGGUCAGUUGUGAGGAGUACAAGAAGACCAAGUCGCCAGCCAAGCUCAGCCCCAAAGCCAGGAAGAUCUAUGACGAGUUCAUCUCUGUGCAGGCAACAAAAGAGGUGAACCUGGAUUCAUGCACAAGGGAGAAAACGAGCCACAAUAUGCUGGAGCCUACGCUUUCCUGUUUUGAUGAGGCUCAGAGAAAAAUAUUCACCCUCAUGGAGAAGGAUUCUUACCGCCGUUUCCUCAAGUCUCCCUACUACCUGGACUUGGUCAGCCCACCUGGUGCUGGCUGUGGGCCUGAAAGCUGCCAAAGAGCCCACACUCACUCCUUAGACUGCAACUCCAACAUCAUCUCUCAGUGUGCCUGAACCUGCAGCAAGGCCAGGAGCGGGCUGGGCAGGCAAGGAAAUAUUUGGCAGCAAAAGCAUUCAUUGGCAUGAAGCAACAGAGCUGUCUUCAGUAGCUGUCUAAUGUCCCAGUUGUGUCCCAUGUCAUGCAACAGCCAGCAUUUGUAACCCAAGCCAGGCUCAGUUUGUGUAGCAAACCCUCCUCUGACUCCACCUGUGUAGGAGCCCUGGAGUCUGACGUGAAAGCUGGGCGAAAUCAUUGCGUGCCCGCAGUUCCUGACGAGCACCAAGCCCGGGAGGGCGGGAGCAGUAGGGAAGGGAAGGGGCACACACUUGAGCCCGGCACUAACCACGAAGGGACCAGUCCUGCCAGGUUGCAGUGUGACACCUAGCAAGGAGCAGGGGAAGCCAAGGGAAGUGGUGGGGACUGAGAUCUCCCCUUUCUAACCAGCAACAGCUUAAGUGAAAAAGACUUGGUCUGGUCCUUAGCUGUUCGUAUAGCUCCCAGAUAUUUAGGCUUUCAGUAGUAUUUGCUCAGGACUCGGGCUGUGCUGCAUUACAGUGAUCAGACGUGCGAGAAGCUCCUACUCUUUCUUGGAGACCAGAACUUUUCAGACUAGCAAACAGCCUUCUGUGGUCAUUACAGCCCAAACUGCAUGAAAGGUCUCCCCUCAGCUGCUUUUCUCUCUGUAACACCUAGUUGCAACUGGCCAAGGAUCUUUUCUAGGGCUGUACAGAGCUAUUAUUUUACAGGCGGUUCAUUAUUUCGAGCAUAUUUGUAUCUGUUAUGCUCCCAGACUAAGAACGCCAUCCUGAUACCAUAGCUGAGCAGAACAGGAACAUGUUCCUUCUCCCAGACUGCCACUUGUAUAUUACUAACUCUGGGAGUGCCAUCUGGAUUCAGGUUUGCCUGCCCCGAUUUGUAUGAAGCAGUUUGUGAUGGGAUAGGACCACUAACUACCACAACAGCUGAGGAGGAAAGGCCCUGCUUGGGAGUAUUUGAGGAAAAAAAAUAAAUAAAUAAAAUGCUAUGUAUUUGAGUUUGUGAUUGAGUAAUUGCAUUACUCACUUUGUCCUGAAGGUGGUAGGAGGAAUAUGCUGGCCUUGCUACUGCUCCUGGGUUGGCGAUCAUGCUCUCCCCUUGGCCUUCCUCUAGCUGGAAAUUGCUUCUCUGACAGCCGUGUAGUCCUUACUCUGCAUCCCAGUCUAGACAUCUGUUUUCACACUGGGGUUUUGGUAUGGCAGGGGAGGGCUGUGGUUCUCCAGUAGGUGCUUUGGGGUCCACAAAGAAGCAUCUCUUUUAACAUUUGCUUUAUUUUGUAUUUAUUAAUGUGCUGACACAUACCACCCUGCAUGUUCAGCUACAAGAUGGAGAGGCUUGCUAAAACUCUGAACAUAGCUGAGCAUGUGGCUAUGUUUUAUUUUCCCCUGGUACUGGGAACUCUUGAUAACUCUUGCAAAGAUGUAUUGAUAUUUAAAUAAUGAUGAAUACAUUCUAAAUAAAAAAUGUUUGCAUUAGCCUCUUCUAAAGUGCCAUUGUGUGAACCAAGGACUGCAUGGUGAUGCAAUUCAUUGACUAAGGUUCCUCUAAAAUUAGUCUUUUGUAACUGGUUUCACUCAGAUUGUUUUAAAUCAUAGGAUGGUGAAAUAGCCAUUAUACCCUUCAGCUGUGCUCUUCUGCAGAGGAACCCAUCCCUCAGCCCUGCAAGCCUGGGGCUGUGGAGGGUCCUGGGCUUCCCGGCAUCCAUGCUGUGCCUGACGGGGAGCAACUGUCCUCACCAAGGGGCUGGGGUGGGCACGGGGCCACCCCAAAGACAGCUGUGGAAGGGGGAACCCAAAGGAGCACCUCCUUGCUGCAAACCCCCAGUGUCCUGCAUGACUGCAGCUGGGGAGAGCUUCUCCCUUUCCCCAAGCGCACUCACUGCCUGCAGCAGGCCCAGCUGCCCCUCAGACAAACGUUUUCCCUUUCACAGCUCCAGAGGAGAACACAUUUCAGCUCAGGGCUUGACCUAGCCGUGGGCACAAAUCCUACAAGUGCAGAGCUGCUGCCUGACAGCGACAUGGCUGAGGGUGAGCAGGCUGCCCGGGCCGUGCAGGCACCGGGGGGUUUCCUCCAGGCAAGUCUCCCGGGGUGAUAUUUUUAUUCCUUUUUCCAGUUUCUUGGGAAACUGCCACAUCUGCUGCAGCCGAAGCUC